AGAAUGAGCAGCGCAGCGCCACGAUUCGGUCGCGGUAACCAUACUGUACUGUACGUCACGCAUGCGUCACCGCCAUCUAGCGGCAAGCUCUGUAAUCGUGUAUCACCUGCCUGCCUCUGUCUGACUCGCACGACAUUUCUCCGUCGCGCUCGCACCACUGGCACGUACAAUUAACCUCAAAGCGCUCUUUGCGUACACCAAAUCAUAAAAUACUGUCCUUCGAUGCAUUAAUAACAGUGACAUUGACUGUACAGACACAAAACUGAGUUGUGAACGUGACAUAACCUCGGUUCAAGCAAAAUUUUGCAGAACAGUGUCUAACAAAAGUGGUAUUGUUAAAAUCGAAAGUUUCCAGCGGACGAAUGUCCCUUUUCGUGGGCUGUCAACGGGCAGCCCAAAAUAUUUGUGGCAAAAUGUGGUGGUUUAUAUGUUUUUUAUGUGUUAUAAACGUUAAAACAUUUGGAGCUGCAGCGUCUAACAAUACCAACGUAGUAUCUGAAAAUGGCGCAUGUCCAAUGAAGCAAUUCCAGUGCGCGAACGGGAAAUGCAUACCGAUGACUUGGGUGUGCGAGGGAGACGACGACUGCGGCGAUAACUCUGAUGAAAGCAUAGAGGAAUGUAAAGAUGGCGCAUGUCCAAUGAAGCAAUUCCAGUGCGCGAACGGGAAAUGCAUACCGAUGACUUGGGUGUGCGAGGGAGACGACGACUGCGGCGAUAACUCUGAUGAAAGCAUAGAGGAAUGUAAAGAGAGCCGCACUUGCACGUCCUCCGAGUUCCGUUGCAAAACUGGAAGAUGCAUACCAUUAUCGUGGAAAUGUGACAACGAAAAAGAUUGUUCGGAUAGUUCUGACGAGGACCCUACCGUCUGCAAAGUGGAAGCUUGCGGCCCGGAGGAGUUCACGUGCAGGGGAAAGCCUGGUGAAUGUGUCCCACUCACUUGGAUGUGCGACGACAAUCCCGAUUGCUCCGAUGGAUCAGAUGAAAAAGCAUGCAACGAGACUUGUCGUUCCGAUGAGUUCACCUGUGGGAAUGGGAAGUGCAUUCAAAUGCGAUGGGUGUGCGAUGGUGACGACGAUUGCGGCGAUGACAGCGACGAAGUGAAAUGUCCAACCCCAACUUGCCAGCCGCAGUCGCACUUCUCAUGUACAGAUGGUCAGUGUAUAUCAGCGUGGUGGCACUGUGAUGGUGACGUCGACUGUGCCGAUGGAAGCGAUGAAGUGGGAUGCGUCUCCACACCUAAAGUCAGAUCUCCGUGUAUUUCUACCGAGUUCGAAUGCAACGAUCGCAUAACCUGUGUGCACCGGGCCUGGGUCUGUGACGGUGACCACGAUUGUCCCGAUGGUGGUGACGAAGCUCUUGAACUAUGUCGGGGCAAUGUCACUUGCAGACUAGAUCAAUUCCAAUGCAAGGACCAUAGCUGUAUUCCGGGAGCCCUCUAUUGUAACGGGGUUAAGGACUGCCCUGAUGGCAGCGAUGAGUACAACUGCACCCGACAAAAAACUAUUUGCGACAAAAGAACAGAAUUUGACUGCGGAGGCGGUAUGUGCAUCCCAUUGUCCAAAGUUUGUGAUAAACAUGUGGACUGCCCCAACUUUGAGGACGAGCCAAGAGACAGAUGCGGUGAGAACGAAUGUGAGAAGAACAACGGUGGAUGCUCUCAACGUUGUGUGGAUACACCAAUUGGAUACUAUUGUGAUUGUGAAAAGGGCUACAAGCUUAUCGACAACAGGACUUGUGAAGAUAUAGACGAAUGCGCGGACCCUGGAUCUUGCUCACAAAUAUGCAUUAACGAAAAAGGCACCUUCAAAUGCGAAUGUCAUACCGGCUACGCCAGAGACCCUCGUGACAGAACCAGGUGCAAAGCAACGGAGGGGCACCCAUCAUUACUGUUCGCAAGAAAACACGACAUUCGUAAGAUAAGCCUGGACCAUCAUGAAAUGGUGGCGAUUGUGAACGACACAAAAUCAGCAACGGCACUCGACUAUGUCUUCAGAACCGGAAUGAUCUUUUGGAGCGAUGUCAAUGACGAGAAGAUUUACAAAGCACCAAUUGAUGAAGGCACUCAACGUACAGUCGUCAUCGGUGAACAGCUGAUUACAUCCGACGGCCUCGCAGUCGACUGGGUCUAUAAUCAUCUGUAUUGGACCGACACCGGGCACAACCACAUCGAGCUCUCCGAUUUACAAGGGAACAUGAGAAAAAUACUGAUCAGAGAUCGCCUGGAAGAACCACGUGCAAUUGCACUGAAUCCUUUAGAAGGUUGGAUGUUCUGGACCGACUGGGGUCAAGUGCCGAAGAUCGAACGUGCUGGCAUGGACGGUUCACAUCGGAGCACCAUUGUGUCUUACGACGUAAAAUGGCCCAACGGUCUGACUCUGGACCUUGUACGCCAACGAGUUUACUGGGUGGAUGCGAAAAUGAAUACAAUCUCAUCGUGCAACUACGACGGGUCCGGGCGCCGGCUCAUUCUCCAUUCGACCGAAGUGUUGAGACACCCGUUCUCGAUAACCACAUUCGAAGACUGGGUCUACUGGACUGAUUGGGACAAGACAGCCGUGUACCGAGCGAAUAAAUUCAACGGUAAAGACGUGGAAGCAAUCACAUCUACACACACGCUCCAAAACCCGAUGGUGAUUCACGUGUAUCACCCGUACCGGCAACCCGAUGGUGUGAAUCACUGCGCUGCUGUCAACGGUCACUGCUCUCACCUGUGCCUGCCCGCCCCGAGGUUCGGUCCCAACUCGCCUCGCGUGUCCUGCGCCUGUCCCAAUGGGUUAAAGCUCCUGCCUGAUGACCAGAUGUGCGUCGAAGACAGUGUACCAGAAACACCAAAAGUCGGAACAGAAAUCUCAAACAGCGGUCGCGAUGCCGGAGUGGUCGCCGGUAUCGUGGUAGCAGUGAUAUCUGGAGUUUUAUUAUUGGCUGCAGUGAUCGCAGGUGUUAUGUACAGACACUACGUACAUCAUAACGUUACAUCGAUGAACUUCGACAACCCGGUCUACCGUAAGACAACAGAAGACCAAUUCGCUUUGGAGAAAAAUGGCUACGCACCGGGAAGCAAGCUGUACCCGAGCACCGUGGGGGAAGAGGUGAGGGCUCUUACCGCUAUGGAGUGCACGUUAAACAUACAAAACAGUCUUAGAUAAGUCGCGCGAACAUCUCAGCGAUCCAAAAAUAAGCCAAUUAAAAUGUGUUACGGGUUUAUCGAUAAAUUAAACCAUUAAAAAAAUAUAAUAACCACUCUUUUAGUUUAGCAAAAUAAUUCUUUUGACAUUAGAGACCCCCGUACGCGGCCAAUGUAAAUAUCAGAUUUAGGUCUAUUCUGUUUAAGUAUAAACUAAGGUCUGCCUAAGACGUUUUUAAAAACUUGAUGUAUUUAUUAUGUAUUUAGAAUUGUAUUAACUAAAAUUUAUUUAAGAUAGAAGAUAUUUUCGUUUAGAUUAAUCGUGGCGAAAUUUAUAAAUGUGCCAACAUUUUUACCGCAUCAGUAUUAAUAUGUAGUUGCCAAAUUAUUAAUUCUAAAUGGUAGUUGAUACGCUGUAAAUAGUCCCUUUUGAGAGCUAUUUUGUUAUUGUUUGACUAAGUUAAUUACUUACAUAUAAAAUGUUUUCAUGUUGACACACUUUUAUUCGCAAAAACAAAUUGUUUUUCAUGCAUUAUCGUACGAGGGCUUUUUACGGUGAGUUCUUUGUAACUAUUGAAACCAAAAAUACUUCAUAAAGUAUUGUGAACUACCUAUAUAUAUAUAUAUAUAUUCUUUGGUCUAAUGAUUCAACAUAUUAUUAAUUCUAGUUCAGUAUCUUUGUGAAUAUUUACACGUUAAUGACAUUUGUAGAAUUAUCGAAAUUUGAGUUUAAAGAAGACUUACUAGUUACUUUUACUGGUGGUAGGACGUCUUAUGAGUCCGCACGGGUAGGAACCGCCACCCCGCCUAUUUCUGCCGUGAAGCGGUAAUGCGUUUCGUUUUGAAACGUGGGGCAGCCGUUUUACUGUUAAAACUGAAAUCUUACAACUCUUGCCAUAAGAUGGGUGGCGGCAUUUAGGUUGUAGAUGUCUUUAGGGUCCGGUAACCAUUUCACCUUAGGUGGGCUAUGCGCUCGUCCACCCAUCUAAGCAAUAAAUAAAAAUAGAAGACAAGAAAUUGCCUCCGAAUUGGUUACCGUCUCUGAUGGGUAUGUACGCGAUAUUAGAUUUAUAGAUAAGUUAACAAACCCUGGAAACCUCAUAUAAUAUCUAAAGAAACUGUGUAUAAUAGUUCAUAAAUAUAAUUCAUUUAUUUUUUCUUCAACAGGCCCAAGAACCACUCAAUAAGCCGAAUACAGAAUUCGUAUAGUGUCCGUGUCGGCAGUAAAUACGUUUCAAUAUCAUUGAAUGUGAAAAGAAAAAGAAGGAGAUGUGAUACAUGACGUGAAUAGUUCUAACCAGUGAACGGGACUAAGCUACUGUAGUGUACUCUAGAUGGCGUUAGUGCAGUGUUAAGUGUAACGCUUCGGAACAAAGUUCUUUUCGCGCUCUUUCAUACGUCAAGCCGAGGAGGGAUCUCAUUUAAGGUUAUAUUUGGUUUGCUAUCAUGUCUUGUAAUGAAUAUAAAUCACGGGGAGGCUAUUGUAUCACACGUUCGCUUAGAGAAGAUCGGUUUUUCCUAUAAGUAAAAUUUCUCAUUAGACUGAAUAGUAUAGAGAUUUUUUAAAAUAUUUAAUUAUUUAACGAAAUUACGCUUUAAUGGCGAACUGUUCCAUCACUUUUCAGCUUUGUUGUUAAUUUACUAUACAUAUUUUAUUUUAGUUAGAUAUUAUGAUCACGUAGUAAUGUCGUGCUUCGAACAAAUAAAAUGUUUUUGUAUUAGAAAAUAGAAAAAUAUAUUAAUUUAAAAUCCUUUUUGUUUUGUAAAAGAUACAAAUGUACUGAUUAUACAACUUUCAAAGUAUAACAUUAGGAAAAAUAUUAAGUCUCUCCUGUAGAUUUUUUAACAUAAAUUGUAAUUAUUUAUUGGAAUUAAUAUGAAAUAUAGACUAAUGAUUACGGUAGUCUACAAUUUUUGUGCCAAUCCCUGAUACACACUGUGUAAUUAAAUUAAUUUCAUUAGAUAAAUUUUAUUAUCAAUUUAAAUGUUUGUUAUCUAAUAUUUAUUUGUAAAACAAUUGUUAUUUAUUACAGUUUAACGUAAUAUAUAAAAUAUUUUAUGUAAAAGUUGUUUUUGAAUCACACGUUCGUGCUAUGUGAUUUGAAAAUAGGAAGGAAAUUUGGAAUUUGUAUUUGUCAAGCGAAAUCCUGCCAAAUGCCGUAAAUAAGUUUAUAAAAACAUAAUUACUCUUUACAUAAUUAAUGUAAUUCAAUUACAUUGUAAUAACUUGUUGCACGAUUCAUACAAUAUCUACGCCUAGCUGAAUAAGUGUGGUCACCUAAACAUUUGUAAAUAUUAUCAGUAAAAUAUAUGUAAAAGGUGUUUAAAA